GAUUGUCUUUUUCUAGACAGAAAUUUGACGAAAAAAACAGAAAUGGCAAGUAAUCAUAAACCUCCUACAGCACGUCCUUCUUCACGCAUAGGGCUGAGUACCAGACCACCUUCAUCCUCAUUACGACCUCCAUCUGCAGCUUUACUUGGUGGAGGGAUUCCCCCAGGUACAUCCAGGCCUGGUACACGUGGUGGAUCCAUAGGUACUGGUGUGGUUUUGUCCUCUCAGAUUAAAGUUACAGACCGUCCAGUGACACAGCAAGGACUGAGUGGAAUGAAAACAGGAAUGAAAGGCCCACAGAGACAAAUUAUGGAUAAAUCCUAUUACCUUGGAGUGCUUAGAAGCAAAAUAAAUGAACUUACCUCAGAAAUCAAUAAGCUUCAGAAAGAAAUUGAUAUUUAUAAUCAGGAGAAUUCUGUGUAUCUGUCCUAUGAAAAAAGAGCAGAAUCUUUAGCUAGUGAGAUCAAAGAAUUUCAAGGACAGCUGGCAGACUACAAUAUGUUGGUGGAUAAACUUAACACUAACACUGAUAUGGAGGAAGUAAUGAGUGACUAUAACUUGUUAAAAGCUCAAAAUGACCGUGAAGCUCAGGGCAUAGACAUUAUUUUUACAGAAAGACAGAGCAAAGAAAAACUAAUUCAAGCUGUGGAAGAUGACAUCCGGCAGGAAAAGCAGGCAGCAGAAAAUAUCAUUAAAAAUAUGUCUGAAGAAGAUCAAACUAACUAUAUGGAAAUGAAAAUGGCCAAUGAAAAGCUAUUGCAGGAAUUGUCUUCUUUACAACAACAACUGGAUGCUGUGAAUUUAAAAGAACAAGCUCUGGAAACUGAAAUUGCUCACUCCCAAAUUAAACAAGAGGCCUUACAGCUAUAUGAAAAGCUCCAUGGUCUUGAGGAACAUCGAGAUCAGAUGAUUACAGAGGACAAGAGCAUGGGAUCUCCCCAAGAGGAGAGAGAAAGACUGUUAAAACAGGUGAAGGAAGACAAUCAAGAAAUAGCAAGCAUGGAGAGACAGCUGACAGAGAUAAAAGAAAAGAUCAACCACCUCAAUGAAGGAAUUCGACAGCUUGACAUGGAUUUAGAGGAACACCAAGGUGAAAAAAAUCUGAAAUAUAAAGAACUGAAGAAGAGAGAGGAAAGCAUGGAUAACUUUCUCGAAUCUUUUGAAGAGACAAAGAACCAGGAACUGGAACGGAAAGCACAGAUAGAGGCCAAUAUUGUGGCGCUUUUAGAGCACUCAAGUCGGAAUGUGAGUCGUAUGAAGCAGAUAUCUUCUGUAACAAAUCAAGAAUUGAAGAUCAUGCAGGAAGACCUCACUUUCAAAUCAAGUGAAAUGCAAAAAUCACAGAGUACUGCUAAAAAUCUGGGUACAGAUAGCCAGCGUCUCCAGAUGGACCUCCAGAAGAUGGGCUUAUUGGAGGGAAAGAUGAUUGAUGAACUGACUUCUCUCAAAGAAAAAAUUGAACAGAUGACCAAGGACUUGGAACUAUAUAACAAUCUGCCUGCUCUGAAAACAGCAGGAGAAGAAAAGAAAAAGAAACUGCAAGAAGAGAAAGAGAGAUUAACAAAGCACCGGGAUGCAUUCAAGAAAAUUAUGGAACAUCUGAAUAGAGAAUACGAAGGCCUAAAGUUGCAACUGCAGGAGAAUGAGACACAUGCACAGCUUACAAAUUUGGAAAGGAAGUGGCAACAUCAUGAACAAAAUAACUUUGUUAUGAAAGAAUUUAUAGCUACAAAAAGCCAGGAGAGUGACUAUCGGCCCAUAAUGAAGAAUGUGAUGAAGGAAGUUGCAGAAUAUAACAAAACUAUAAUAGAAGCUUUACAGAGCAGCAGGAAUUGAUCCUGGAUGUAUCUACCAUGGAUGGACCCAAUCUAAGGGCUUAUGCAUCAUACAGUUAUUUUGAGGAAUGUCGACAUUUCAAGGCACCCCAGUGCACAUAGCAGAGUCUGGGUGCCUUUUUUGCAUAUAUUCUAGGGAACAUGAGAAGCAUGUACUAGGGACAUUUACUUAUUUACCCUUGAGUUUAAUUCUGUAUUGUCAAACAAUUGUUCAGUGAAUAUCAUUUAAUUUACAUUUGUUUUGCUUUGUUAAGUAAGCAAUAUAGUUUAAUUCACAUUGUUUUAAAAAACAGUCUGAUGAUAGCUGCACUGUAGUAAAGUUCUAGAUAAAGCAAUAACUGCAAUAGCAGAAAAUGUUGUAUUUCUAUACUUCGAUUUAUCCUACUGUAUCAGAAGUGUUCUAGCAUUGAGUUGUGUUUAAUACGCACAAGGAUAUUAA